GUUCUUCUGCUCAGAUAAUACCAUUGCUUCUGAACCCAGAUUGUGAGGGCCACUCUGUGGGUCUGACUCUCCGCUCUUCAUGAUCCGGACAUCCAAACCGUCAUCCGGACUUCCAUCUACAGCAAAGGAGAAACCUCUCCUCCCUUUCACAGUUCGCAAGAAGCAGAGGAUUCAAGUGCGGACAAUCGUUAGUCACUGCUUAUACCGAAGGGUGAUACUAUGGACUGUCGCAAUAUUUACCCUCUCAGCAAUAACCCUCUCGAAGAGAGGUGUCUCCAUAACCAAUGGCGAAGCCCCCAAUAUCAAAGCCCAUGACCAAACCCGGGUAGAGACACAAACACAAGCCCAGGUCGAUGAGGCGGAGAACGCAGCUACAUUCAUGUUCUUGCUGGCAGACGCGUAUGAGAAGAGCAAGAUGAAAGAGCAAGCAAAGUCGCCUCAAUGGUUGCGCUUCAAACGCGUUAAUGGCUUCUUCAAUGGGUUAAAAACACUAGUACCUGUUAAAGACCAUAAGCCACAAUACCCAUGGAAGGAUGACCUGCAGGACACUCCAUCUCUUACGAUCAUCUUCUCAAGAACACCCACUCCUAUGCCGUAUGUCCCGCAACCAGAAUACAAGUCAUCCCAGUACGUGAGCAAGUAUCACGAGGUCAAGCCAUGCUACCUCGACAAGAAGGAAACAAUACUUGUCCCCAAUGUCCUCGCGUACAACGGUCUUCCACAGGGGCUACCGGAGCCUGUCAUCGGUUCACACAAGCUCUUUGGCUUAAGGGACGAUGUUUGUUUCGAUAGAUUCGGCAGAUAUGGGCCAUAUGGUCUCGGCUACAGCUAUGACGAUGGCGGCCUCGAUGUGGGAAUGGAUACCGAGAAAAACGGAAGCGAAAUCGUGUGGGCCAAGACGGGCAAGAUUGACUACAGCAACGUCGACUGGGGUGACACUCAGAGCCGAUGUGUUGAAGCCAACAAGGAGCGGUUUCAUGAACCUCCCAACAUCACAGCAACUGCUCCUACAGAAGGGAUCGAAAAGGACCAGAAACAGGUUUUCCAGCAACAUACGCGCAAAAAGAUUGCCCGCACGGCGAUUGUGGUGCGGUUGUAUGUCGGCUUUGAAUGGACGGAACACGCAGUCCUCAACUUCCGUGCAAUGAUUUCCGAAGUUUCGCUACAAUCAGGAGGCGAGUACGCGGUGCACUUCCUCCUUCAUGUCCGGGACAAUGACGAGCCCAUCUGGGCAGAUCCAAAGGCUGUCCAAAAGGUGUUGGAUGACAACGUGCCCCCGGAAUUCCACAGUCUCUGUACGCUGUGGUCAGAAGACCAGAUGCGUGUCUACUAUCCCGGUCGUUUCGCCCGGUCGUUCACCAACCCAAGCUUCAGCGACAUCCACGGCGUCUACCGCAGUGCUCAUUUCCCGCUCCAGCACUUCGCCCAGGCACACCCAGAGUACGACCACUUCUGGAACUGGGAGAUGGACAUGCGGUGGAUAGGCAACUACUACGAGCUCUUUGACCGUCUCGGCACUUGGGCCAAGAAGCAGUCCCGUCAUGAGAUGUGGGAGCGUUCGGAGCGGUAUUACAUCCCGCACUAUCAUGGCAGCUGGGACAACUUCACCCAACUUGUUCACAACCAGACUGUUGCCAGUGGCCGUCGCCCAAUCAUAGGUCCCGUCCACUAUCCCGGACACUUGAGCCUCCGAUCCGAGAAGCGUGGCGUAUCCUUCCUUCCCCCAACCUGUCCCAAGGACGCUGUCACAUUCGUAAACCCACGUCCAUAUCCAAAUCGGCCACCACAAGCACAAGCCCAUCCACAUCGUCACCACCAUCACCACCCGCCUCGAGCCGGCUCCCCCGACGACGACCUCGAAGCCACCACCACCACCACAUCACCCACACCCGAAGACCUCACCUCCUGCGGCAUCGACGAAGACGCCGACCUCAUAAACCUCAACCCCAUCUUCGACGCCGACUCCUCCGGCUGGAACUUCCACCUCGACAUCACGGGGUACGACCGCUCUCACCCUCCCCCGCCCCGGCGCGCCUCCAUCAUCACCGCCUCCCGCCUUUCCCGCCGUUUGUUAAACGUAAUGCACGAAGAAACCUACCGCUUCCACCACGCCAUGUUCACCGAAAUGUUCCCCGCCACCAUGGCCCUUCACCACGGUCUCAAAGCCGUCUACGCCCCUCACCCAGUCUACCUCGACCGACAAUGGGACCUGGAGACCAUCGAAAAAACUUUCAACGGCGGAAGAGACCACACCACCAGCGGCAAAGGAAGUCCGUAUCAGUACCAGAAUGAGUACCAUCAUAAGGGAAGCACGUGGUAUUAUGAUGCGCAGUUUGCGGGAACCCUUUGGAGGAGGUGGUUGGGAUAUGCGCAGGUGGAGGGGCCUGCGGGAGGGGAGAAGGGGGAGAAGGCGACGGAGAGUAAGGAGACGGGCGGGAGGCUGAGGGGUGGCAGGAAGGAGGAGGAGGAGGGGACGGGGAGGAUGUGUUUGAGGAGUAUGUUGGUGCAUCCGAUUAAGUGGGAGGAUCCGGGGGAGUUGGCUUGGGCGUAGUGAAGUGUUUCGGAGGAAUGCAAGAUGGCGUCUGUUGGAGCGAUGGUUGGAUAGUGGGGUUGGGUUGGGUGUAGAAGGGGCUCUUGAAGGAUCGCUCCGGGAUGCUCGGUACCGGUGGUCUGGUUGUUGGGAUCAGGUAGAGAGGAAAAGUGAUUAGGCCUCUUGGGUCUAGACUCCUAACUGAAGUGUACGAGGUAAGCAUUUGGUUGUCGAUGAUACGUAGUGUAUACUAUGUACUCUACGACUGUCAUUCCUUUAGGUUGGUAGCAUUCAGGCGGCAAUGUUUGGUUUCAGCUUUGUUGCAAUGCAUACACAG